GUCGCGUUGUUCUGUGAAGCAUGCGUACCUAGGUAGGGCUGGUGAUCGCGGGAGAAAGUCGUGCCUAGUAAUCGUGGCUUGGCGACCGAUGACGUGCGUCAUUACCCUGGGCCUGACGCUUGCAGCCCCUGGGGCCAACUUCCAUCGCAAAGAAUACGAUUCUCGCUCGUCGGAGUCGGCCAAAUUCUGCCAGCGCAGCGUGGAAUGUUCGGCUUCCGUAGGUAGCGACGUAGCUGUCAGAUCUAGGCUUCUGUAUAUGUAGGCGGAGCUCUGCUGUCAAGGUUCGCGCACACAACAGCAGCACCGUCCAAAGGUCAUCAUGGCCGCCAUACACGUCCUCGAUGACUAUUAUCUUGCCAUCACCUUCCUCGUCACUGUUGCGUACCAGCUGAUCGGCUUUGCGAUUGCCUUUUCGUUCAAGUUCGACAAACUUACCGACUUCGCCGGCGGCACCAAUUUCAUCCUUCUUGCCAUUAUCACGCUCUCGUGUAGCGAAAACCGAGGCGAUGCGCGCAAUAUUGUCGUUUCGUUGUUCAUCAUGCUAUGGGCGGCAAGAUUGAGCGGCUUCCUCCUUUUCAGAAUUCUCAAGACUGGCAAAGAUGAUCGCUUCGACGACAAGAGGGACAAGUUCUGGUCGUUCCUCGGAUUCUGGGUAUUUCAAAUGUUCUGGGUCUGGACUGUAUCCAUGCCGGUCACUAUCCUGAACUCGCCAAAAGUUACCCGGUUCAAUCAGCCAGACUUUGGAACAGGAUGUGACAUCGCUGGCAUUAUCCUAUGGUCAAUCGGGUUCAUCAUGGAGAGUGUUUCCGACGUCCAAAAGUACAGGUUCCGUACUGCUCACGGUAGCGAUGGCGCCGUAUGCAAUGUUGGUUUCUUUGCCUGGACGCGCCACCCAAAUUACUUCGGCGAGAUAAUUAUUCAAUUCGGUAUCUUCACGAUCGCUGUAUCCCCGGCUGCAAACAACUACGUCUCGGGCGGUGCAUAUGAUGCACUGUACGCUUCUAUUCUCGGUCCAUUCUUCCUGACUCUCCUACUCAUGUUCGUAUCCGGCCUUACGCUGCAGGAACGACCUGGCGCAAAGAAGAGAUACGAGAAAGGCAACCGAUGGCCCGAGUACGAGCAAUACCUCCACCGGACGAGCAUUCUCAUCCCUUUCCCGCCACAGCUAUACGCCAAGAUGCCCGUCAUUCUAAAGAGAACCAUCUUCCUCGAGUUCCCAAUCUAUGUCUUUGAUCCGGCCAAGCAUGCAGACCAAGACAAAGUGCAAGCUAGAAACGCGGAAGAAGGUCAAACCAGACCAAGUGAUGAGCAAGGCCUCAGAUCUUGAAGUAUCAGAUGUUCGAUAUGAUGAUACUCCUUUACCGAUUUUCAACUUUUGUACAACCACGAUACAGUUAGAGCGCUUCGUACCGCAUAAUCGUAAUUCAAGCCUCUUCAAAAAAGGCAUGCCCAAAUUAAGACUUGUAUUUGAUUGUGUAAACUCCUCGCGAGGCUAUCAAAACUCUACGCCUAGGGUAAUAAACCAUAAGCCGGUUUCUAGAGUGUGUGUUGUGUAUAUGAUGUGUAUAACGACGCAAUCUGAUACCACGCGUGGCCCGCUCACUGCCCCUGCGUUAGGGGGGGCAAGAGCUACAAGACUACAGAUCCCAGCAAUCCUCGUGCAGCGCAUCUCUCGCCAAAGCUUCCACCGACCUCCGAGCAAGCCGUGUCCAUGUCGGCGAUGACAUGUG